AUGAGUAUUCAACAUUGGCAACACUGGACACGAGUAUUCAACAUUGGCAACACUGGACAUGAGUAUAUUCAACAUUGGCAACACUGGACACGAGUAUUCAACAUUGGCAACACUGGACACGAGUAUUCAACAUUGGCAACACUGGACACGAGCAUAUUCAACAUUGGCAACACUGGACAAGAGUAUUCAACAUUGGCAACACUGGACAUGAGUAUAUUCAACAUUGGCAACACUGGACAAGAGUAUUCAACAUUGGCAACACUGGACACAAGUAUACAACAUUGGCAACACUGGACACGAGCAUAUUCAACAUUGGCAACACUGGACACGAGUAUUCAACAUUGGCAACACUGGACAAGAGUAUUCAACAUUGGCAACACUGGACAAGAGUAUUCAACAUUGGCAACACUGGACACAAUAUUAGAGGACAGAAAGGUUGGAAACGGAGUGUUGACGGAAGAGACGUUCCUUGGGGCUCACCAGGAUGACCCGGCACUGGUGACUUACAUCCGGCAGCACCUCUUAGUGGCGCCCUCCACCUUGCCCUACAACCUCUCCCGUCCACAGGUCACACACUUCUCUCAGUACGGCCAGAGCCAGUACGCUAACAACGUCAUCCUUCGUAACAUGACCGGAGGGUUCUUCGUGGAGGUUGGCGCUGUCAACGGCGAGUACUUAAGCAACACACUGUUCCUGGAGAGAGAGCUGGGCUGGUCUGGACUGCUGAUCGAGCCGCUGGAGACCUACCACGACCUCCUCUACAAGCACCGGAAGGCCUACUCCAUCAACGUCGCUCUCUCCCUCACCAACUUCACUACCCAGCUGACGUUCCACAGCACCACAGGCAUGAGACUGUUAAGUGCAAUUACACUCCACCUUUCAUAUAAGGAUGUUGGUUUAAGUCUAACCGUUAUGCUUAUUUUGCCAUAUAUUCGGUGGAAAGUUAUUGCAAAGAUUCUUUAUGUGUGCAGUCAGGAAGGACUUCAAGGCGGAGGCAGCCACAUUGAAGAUAGGAGGGAAGACGAAAACACGAUUAAGAACAUCAAGGCUCUUCCUUUCUACUCCAUCUUGCAAGCCAUCAACAUCACCCGCAUCGACUUCUUGUCUCUAGAUGUUGAGUCUGUCGAACUACAGGUGCUGAGGACGAUCCCAUGGGACAAGAUCAGGGUGCGACUCAUGUGUAUAGAGUGCAACAAGGUGCCUGAAGGCAGACCGGCCUUGGUCAAGUUCCUCGCAGAACGAGGCUACGUUUUCAUCGGUCACCGGGUCAUAGACUGCUGGUUCGGUUGGCCAGACCUGCUCAGGGAAACUUCGCUAUGAUAUUUAACGCCAGAAGCUACCUGACGCCAGUAAUACCCGCGGUCUU